AUGGACCGUUUAAAGCUGAGCACUAAGGCGCUACUAGGGAUGGCAACGCGCACUGUCGAUCAGGAUCACGGAAUGCGACAUACAUGUGUUAAAUCACUCUUUCAAGCAGUUGUUCAAUAUGAAUUUGCGAUUUCCAAGCUUGUUGCGGCAUUAUCGACAUUAUCGGAUUCCUUGGAGGGUGUAGAAAAGGCAUAUAAGAACGUCAUUUCUAAUGAAAAACAGGUUUCUGUUUUUGAUGGUCUGAACGAAGUAACAAACCAUUUAGAAAAAUGCCGUACAACUGUUAUUUCAGGUUCUAUCGAGACAUUUAGAGCAAAUGUAGCCCCGUCCUUGUCCGCACUGAAGGAGCAUUGUGAAUUGUGCGAGCGUCUUCAUAAUGAGCGAGCCAAGGCCGUUGAUUUGUAUGAUUAUCAUCGGGAUGUUGUUGAAAAAAAAGAAGUUCAGUAUGCAUCAAAAGGUAAACUUCUUGAUGACUCAAAACGUUAUAAAGAAGAAAUAAGCAAACGCGAUGCUGCACAUGAUGCAUAUCUUGCAAAGCAUAGUGAAUACAACAAGGCCUAUGAUGAAUUUAUGUGUAAAAAAUCCGAACUGACCACUCUUUCUGGAAGGCUAUUUUUUCAUGAGCUCUUGGAUAUUGCGGAAAAACUUAAAAACGAGGUCUCUUCUAUGU